AUGCCGCCGAAGAAGAAGGGAGGUGACAAGGGCGGCGCGGCGCCGAAAGUCAAGGUCGACAAGACUUUUGGCAUGAAAAAUAAAAAAGGUUCGAAAGCACAGCAGCAAGUCAAAAUCAUCCAGCAGCAGCAGCAGCAGGCAGGCAAAACGCGUGAAGAACUCGCGCGCGAGAAACGCCGUGAGGACGAGAAGCGCCUAAAGGCAGAGGCCGCCAAGAUUCUGAAGGACGAGGGCCCUGUGAUUGUGCAGCCGAAUGUUCCAUUUGGUGUGGAUCCCAAAAGUCUGACGUGCAACUUUUGGAAAGCGGGCCGCUGUGACAAAGGCUCCAAGUGCAAGUUUGCACACUCGCACGACGCACAACGGAAGCAGCAAAAGAAGGACCUUUAUACAGAUAUGCGUGUCCAGAAGGAUGAGGACGAGAAGGAGGAUACGAUGGACAAGUGGGAUCAGGAACGCCUGAACAAGGUCAUUGAUAUGAAACACGGCAACCCACGCACCACUACGGACAAAGUAUGCAAGUACUUUUUGCAGGCGGUGGAAGAUAGGAAAUACGGCUGGUUUUGGGAGUGCCCCAAUGGCGGCGAAAAAUGCAUGUACCGCCAUGCACUCCCGCCUGGUUUUGUGCUCAAGUCCGAGCGCAAAGAGAUGGAAGCGCUGGAAAAGGCAAACGAGAUCUCCUUGGAAGAGUUCCUCGAGUCUGCACGACACAAGCUUGGCAAGAACCUCACACCCGUAACAAAAGAGACGUUUUCUAAAUGGAAGCAGGAACGCCAGGAUAAGAAGCAUGCAGAAGAGGAUGCACAGCGCCAGAAGAAGGCCGCACAGGCGCACGCAAACAAGCUUAAUGGCUUGAGCGGUCGCGAAAUGUUUGUCUUGAACCCUGACAUGUUUGGUGAUCAGGACGAAGACGAAGACGACGAUGGCGCCUUGGAUAUGGCUUCAUACAUGCCAAGUGGAUGGGAGCAAGGCCGCGAUGAGAAUUUGCCUAGUCGGGGCAUAGCGGAAAUGCAUAUCUAA